AUGUCGCGCGACCAGAUACACAGUGGCAGGUCCCACAAGGCCAUUUCUGUAUUCUUGCGCCUGGGUGAGCUUUCUUCCGCCGUCAUUGUCUUGGGCAUUCUCAGUCGCUUUGCCUAUCUACUGGGAGUUGCUCAAGUUCAUGCCGACGGGAGAAUUGUCUACGCCAUGGUGACCGCAGGGAUCGGCAUCCUCUUCUCUCUUCUGUUCUGCCCCCCCUUCGAUAGCCUCUUCAUGGCCUUCCCGUUCGAUUUCAUCUUGUGGAUAAUGUGGCUGGUGGCAUUCUGCCUGCUUGAAACGAGAACAUCCUCGGGGGUCUGCUCUGCUCGCUGGUAUAACGAUUAUUGGGGCUACUACUGGGGCCGUUACUGGCGCGUUGGUGGCAUCGGAACAGUCAACGUCAACAGGGCGGGAUGUGGCGAGUGGAGAACAACACUGGCAUUUUCCUUCGUCGCUUCCUUCCUGCACCUCGUCAGUGGUAUUUUGGGAAUUUAUGUCUUCCGUACAUAUGUCCACGUAGCGGCGACAAUGGAAACUGUGAAACAUACAACAGAAAAGCUCUCCAAGUGA